AUGCUCGAAACUGACAUUCAAAGUUCAUUCAUUGGAAUAACCUCAAAGAAAAUUACACUUUCUCCGAGAGGAGAUAAAGAAGAGGAAGAUGAGGAAGAAUUUACGGAGCCGAUCAUCAUGAAAGAAGAGAUUCUUAUUGACGCGAUGAACGACAUUUCAUUUACAGGGAGCGAGAUGCAAGCUUCCUUAGAACCAAUGGGAUUUCAAUUUAGAAGAAGAAUUGUUGGAGGUCAACAAGUACCAGCAAAAUCACUGGAGCUCAAAGGAGUUGACAACAGCAAAUUGAGCAGCGGGGUUGACAAGAUUAACAACAUUAAAAAAAAACAUGAACGGUUAAAGGCAUUUUCCCCUGUGAGGACGAAACCCUCUGAUUUCAACGGAGUCACACCUGCUCCAACAAAGACUCUUGUUCAUGUCCCAUUAGAGGAGUUAUCAUCACGAAAAGUGGAAACGAACACAACAAAAGGAUCUAAAAAAUCAACAAAGCAACCCGAGGUUAUCGACGAAUCACAAUUGAAUAUUGAAAUAACCAAAGAGCGAGCUUUUGAUGAAAGCCCCAUCCAAGAUCACACAAGUGAAAUUAUUGUGAAUGUCAUUAGACAAGAACCAUCAGAUUUUUCUGAUAAUAAUCAGUCAGACGGGUUAGAUGUCUUCAAAAGCAAGGUUAUUGUUCCUGAUGAAAUAUUGGAUAUCACUCUUGAAACGAAGCGAAUGAUGGAGGAAGAUGUUUCUAACAUGAAAAGCAAUUUGAAGAAAGUCUCUUUGUCCACCCAGUUAGAUUAUUUUAAACGAAAAAGUAGAGAAGUACUGUCUGAACCUUACAAAAAUCACAUAUUUGCUCUUGACAGAAGGAAGUAUACACAAGUUAUGCUUAAAAAGAGUAAUUCCUCUGGAGAAGAAGUUGACUUUGAAAAAAAGGAUGAAUCAUAUCUGUCUUUGAAACUCCCUCAAAUAGACAAAAAGAGGAAGAAAAGAAAAACGAAAAAAGAUUUGUCCCCCGAAAAAUAUGCAGAGAGUGCAAAAAACGAUUCAUUUAAACAAUGGAAUAACUCAAUAGAUAUGGAUUUACAAGAAACUGAUUUUUAUGAUGGCUCUGAAGAGUUAGGAAUUGUAGACGAAGUCAUUAAAGUGGCCAGUGCAAAAAGUGUUCCACAAAUACCAAGAUCUAAGAUUCCAAAGAAAUACCAUAUUAUUGAAAAAUCACCAAUUGUCACAAAAGAAGAGCUUGAAAAGCAAGCCGUUUAUAACGGAGACAAAAGGGUCUGGGAAACCACUGUAUUUCCAUCCAAUAAGCCAGUCUCAAGAAUGGAGGUAGUUCAGUUAGCUCGAACAUUUGAGUUAAUGUUAGAAGAGAUGAAUGACAGUUCUCAAGAACAUGAAUCACUUGUAGAGGAAGAGAUGAGAGUGUUAGAUACAAUUUCAUCAGAAAUCUCUCGACAAAUUAGUGUUCAAUGUGCUGAGAGAGGUAUUCUUCUUAACAGGGUUAUUUAUCGAUUUAAAAAGCUUGUUAAAAAGUCAGUACAAGCAAAAGAGGAAGCUAAACAAAAGAUUGAAGGAAUCACAUCGUCCAAUGAACACAAAACUUCAGCAUUAAUAGAAUUCUAUACAGAUUCCAUUAAAUCAAAAGAAGAAAUUUUAAAGAAAAAGGAGGAUGAAAAUGCAGAGCUGGUAAAACAGAUAGCCAAGUUGAAAGAACAGUUACGGCAAACUAGAAAAGGAAUUAAGGCCAUUACAUCUAAUUUCUUUACAGAAAAAUUAAUGCAAGAGAUGGUGACAAAGAGUUUGCAAGUAACGCCAAGGGAACCAACACCAAGAAAUACUGAAAAACUAUUUACAGAAGAGGAGUUGAAACAAAAACUAGAAGAAAUGAUGGCAAAGGAGGCAGAAUUAACUAUUUCAACAGUAGAUCGGGGAGUGAACACAUCGUUAAUGGAGGGAGUCAGCUUGGAGAGUGUAAGAGCAAUUGAACGAUACAAUUCUCUCUUUGCAACAGACUACACAGUUGAGGUGGUGGAAGAGACGCCCCAACAAGUAGAAGAAUCGGAAGUGACAGAAGAAACUCAAACAGAAACGAAAGAAGACAAACCUGUGGAAGAAAAGAAAGAAGAACCACCAGUUGAGAUUGUUUACAAAGAUAGGGAUGGAAAUAUAAUUUCUAAAGAAAGAUAUGAAUAUCUUCAGAAGCUAAGUUAUGGAUUGGUGAAAGACAUUGGAGUUCAAUUUAUUACCUUUUCGAGGCCUCCAAUGCCACCAUCCAACUCAAUUGCAACACAAACUCUUAUUUCUGAAAUUAAGACUGUGGAUGAAAUUGAUCGAAUGAGCCCAAACUCUUCAUUAGAGUUCAACAAUUCUAAAAGUGGUGAAACAAAUCCAAGACGAACUGAUGACUACAAUAGUAGAGGAACAGAUUCUCAAAAUGGAGUAAGAAGUGCAAAUUCAAAACGUGCUCUUACAAGCGAAGAUUUCAAACAUCGCAUGAAGCUCGUCAAACCAGAAGAUAUAUUCCUCUUGUUCAAAGAAAUUUUAGAAUCUGACAAGAAAACAAGAAAACAAAGUUUGAGAUGGUUGAACAGAGUUAUUUUAGAAGUGUUUAACGAGUUGACAGUCAGUGACUUCCUGUACAAUACUACUGGAAUUAUUAUGACCAGAAAAUUUGUCUAUGACUACUUUUUAUUGAAGUUUGGUUUGCCAUCCAUUGCUUUGACUCACUUGUCAGAGUUUCUCAUUAACAUUAAGCUCAAAUUUAAGGAAAGUAUCAGAGUUCAAAUGUUCUGCCAAUUUUGCCCAAUCACUGAAUGGAUUGGUCAAACAUCAUAUCCCGAGUAUACUAUACAAACUCUUCAAUUCUAUCUAAAAAUUAUUGGUAUUACCAAAUCUGUUUUGAAUAAGAGAGCAUUGCAUGAGCUUGAAGAUGGAUCAUUAUUUGUUUCUCUCGCAUUUGUAAAUAACUUGAUGGAAAGACUUCAACUCCCGUUACUUCUUGAAGAAUUACAAGAUUUUAUUUUAAGCAUCAAAGAUCAAUCAUCUGAUAACUUCAUUUACUAUGAUUACCUGCUGAAAUUACUUGUUGAGUUGUAUUAUAAUAAGAUUAUUUUAAAGAAGAGAAGAGUUGCUCAACAGGAAAGUAGGAAUGUAAUGGCCAAACCAUCUGGACAGCAAAUCUCAAUUACGAUCACAUCCUUUAAGAAAAUGCUCAAAACCUUUUUCAAGAAUCUCUAUGUUGUUAGAGAUAAGAUGAAUGGUCCUCAUGAAUUUGUAAGCAAAAGUGACAAGGUUUCAAAGUCAUAUCUACUGGAAGUUUAUCAUGUGACCACUUCCGUUUUUUAUGAACUCAUUGAAAGCCAAGUCGUCGAUUCAGACAAACAAAAGCAUCUCAAGCAAUUACAUUCAUUGCUUUUUUCAUCGAUGGAAAGACAAAAUCUUGAAGAUGGAAUGAAUUCAUAUCGAGCAUUUGUGAUUGAAGUUCUUUCCUCUGUUGUCGAUGAGACUCACAAAAUAUUUGCCAUCAUGAUUCAAAAACUUGUGCCACUUGUGUCAAGAAAUGUAUAA